AUGGCCAAACUCACCAAGAUUCCACUCCACACAGUCGACCACUUGGCUGUGGGCACCGCGGGCCAGUCUAGGCACCGCCACACUUUGGGUGGAACAAGCAAUUAUAUUGUUAGACUUGACGAUCUAGGCACUAUUCAACAAGCGCUUGGGGCAGAACCGGAUAUUCCGGCUUCGCGUUUGGUACUGGAACGCAAUGCAGUAACCAAGGCCCCAGCAAGAUCAGAACAGGAAAUGUGCUGGACAAAUCAUUGGUAUAAGAAGGACCUCGAAUGCUCAGGCAAAAUUGAGCAUCCAACCAUCAUCAUCAUCAUCCUCCACUCACUACAAAAAAAACUCUCACACAUUCUUUUCAAAGAAAAAAACAACAACAACAAACUCAAAAUGCUCUUCACCAAGGUCUCUCUCGUCUGCGCCCUCGCGGCCUUCGCUACCGCUGCCGACGUUACCAUUACGAGCACCAAAGUCAACACUGCCACUGACACAAAGACGGCCGUCGUCGUCACCAGCACCAGCACCAGCACACACACUAGCACUCACACUAGCAACCCUGCUCCUACCAUGUCUGCCGGCGUAGCCGUUGGCAUCGGUGCUAUUGGUAUCGCUGCUUUGGGCCUGUUGUAA